CGUCACUUCCUGCAGUCGCACUGCCAAACGUUUCCCCAGGGCCCCGCUGCGGGAACCUUUGUUUCCGCUCUUUCUGUGCUGGGUAGUGCGGGGACCGGUUCGGAAGGGACCACUGGGAACGGACGGAGCGGCGGGGCGGAGCGGAGCUUUCCUCGUGCUAAGGCUUCGAUGCGACGUGCUUUAAUCUAAGAAUUGACGUUUCUUUUCCGAGUGUCUGUUGUCACUCUUCAGCUUCUCCAAACCACUGGAUUCCUUUGAAGUCGGGCCUUUUCGUCUGCCCGGCGUUCCCACACGUUCCUAAGGCAUUUUGAAAACCAUUCCUAUGCAUGGACUUCAAAAAUGUCUGCAGCAAAAUAACUUUUGAUUCCAAAUUCCAUGAACCUCUUAAAGUACUCUCAAUAUGUUACAAGGAUUUCUCUAGGUGUUUGCAAUGGCUGCUACUGUGAACUUGGAACUUGACCCUAUUUUUUUGAAAGCACUGGGUUUCUUACAUUCAAAGAGUAAAGAUUCUGCUGAGAAACUGAAAGCACUACUUGAUGAGUCCUUGGCCCGGGGUGUUGAUGCGAGUUACCGUCCAUCUCAAAAGGAUGUGGAGCCACCCAAAAUUUCAAGCACAAAAGCUAUUUCUAUUAAGCAAGAGCCCAAAACAUCAUCCAGUCUUCCUUCAGGCAAUAAUAAUGGCAAGGUCCUCACAACUGAAAAGGUAAAGAAGGAAGCUGAAAAGAGACCUGCUGAUAAAAUAAAAUCAGAUGUUACUGAAGGAGCUGAUAUUCCAAAGAAACCUAGACUAGAGAAAUCCGAGACACGGUCCUCUCCCAUUACUGUCCAAACCAGCAAGGAUUUAGCUAUAGCUGACCUUUCCAGUUUUGAAGAGACCAGUGCUGAUGAUUUUGCUAUGGAGAUGGGACUGGCCUGUGUUGUUUGCAGGCAGAUGACAGUAGCAUCUGGUAAUCAAUUAGUCGAAUGUCAAGAAUGCCAUAAUCUGUACCACCAAGACUGCCAUAAACCCCAGGUAACAGACAAGGAAGUGAAUGACCCUCGCCUGGUGUGGUAUUGUGCGCGAUGUACCAGACAGAUGAAAAGAAUGGCUCAAAAAACUCAGAAACCACCACAGAAACCAGCUCCUACAGUUGUUUCUGUAGCUCCAGCUGUCAAAGAUCCAUUGGUUAAGAAACCAGAAACUAAACUCAAGCAAGAGACAACUUUCCAAGCAUUCAAGAGAACAGAAGUCAAGACAUCCACGGUUAUUUCAGGAAAUUCUUCUAGUACCAGUGUUUCCUCUUCGGUAACUAGUGGCCUAACGGGGUGGGCAGCGUUUGCAGCCAAAACAUCUUCUACUGGUCCCUCAACAGCAAAAUUGAGUUCUACAACACAAAACAACAGUGGAAAACCUGCUACCUCAUCAGCCAGCCAGAAGCCUGUGGGUUUGACUGGUCUGGCAACAUCUUCCAAAGGUGGAAUAGGUUCUAAAAUAGGUUCCAAUAAUAGUACAACACCCACUGUACCACUGAAACCACCUCCACCUCUGACCUUAGGCAAAACUGGCCUUAGUCGCUCGGUUAGUUGUGAUAAUGUCAGCAAAGUAGGUCUUCCCAGUCCAAGUAGUUUAGUUCCAGGAAGCAGCAACCAACUAAGUGGGAAUGGAAAUAGUGGGACAUCAGGCCCUGGUGGAAGUACCACUAGUAAAAGUACUUCAGAAUCUAGUAGCUCUUCCUCAGCAUCCCUUAAAGGUCCGACUUCACAAGAAUCACAGCUCAAUGCUAUGAAGAGAUUACAGAUGGUUAAGAAGAAAGCCGCCCAAAAGAAACUCAAGAAAUAGGGUGUCCAAACAGGUGUGAUGUUAUAGUACCCAAAAGGUAAAAACUUAUUACUAGAACAUAUAUUGUUAAAUGUACUGUAAUUUAAUAAAAAUAUUCAUAAUCAAAUUUCUUUUGUUUCUUAAAAUAUUGUUAUUUAGCAAAACUUGGAAUCUUAUUUUCAAUCUGUCUUUAGUAUUUUUAUUUUAAUAAUUCCCCUACUGUAUGAAAAUAAUGAUUGAUAAUGACAUUCUUGGUGAAACCUUCAUAAGAUUUGUAGUAAAAGCAGUUUUAAAGAGAAAAAAGUAGUUCAUCUUCUAGCAAAGCCCCAAGUUGAUCUUGCAUAAUGAGGUGCCUUACAGGGUGACAGAGGUGACUCAUUGUGAAGUUUUCUGGUACUUUUGAGCGUUUAAUAUUUUGGGUGUUUAUUGUCAGUACCCAGCCUCAUUUUAACUAAUUGUCUAUCUUCCUCCAACUAUUUUGUCACCAUUUUCACAAUUAACUUUUAUUAACUUCCUGUAAGCCUGUGUUAUCUUUGCCUGUUUUUUAAUCACCUUAAAUUAUGUAGUGAUUUAUCCCAACCAGUAGGUAGUAAACUCUUAUGCCCUUUUAAAGCAAUACUCUUCACAUUGUCCACUUUUCCCUACACUAAUGUAAUAUAUGCACAUAGUAUGUACUCAAUGAAUGUUGAAUUUUCACUCAUCCCACUCAUGUACAUUCCUGAGAAUUCUUGAAAAAAAAAACUAUUUCCAAGAGCUUUUGUGAAUGGAAAUUAUGACUUAUUUACACAUUAUUUAUACAGUAAAAGUAAAGGAUAUUUUA